CUGCUGUAUCAGCUAUCUUCGCGUCCAUAAUAAUUCCAAAAACAAAAUAUAGAUGGCGUUACUAGCGAGUGUACGUACUGUUUUGCCGAUGCUGUCUGUCAUUAGAUGCGCGGUAACCUGCGCGAUUUACAAAAAUCGUACCAAUCUUUUCCGACCCAAAUCUAUAAUCGGACACAUCUUGCCUUGGUGUCGCGUAAAUAUGUCAGCUACGUUAAAUAGUGGCUCGGUGAUGCCUAGAGACGCGAAAAACAACGGAGUUCCAUCUGGUAACGGUGUAAAUAAAAUAUUAAGUGAUAAAAAAAGCGAAAAUGUAAUUAGUGUUCGUGCUCGUAAUGUCAUAAAAGUGAAAAGUGUCAUACCAAGGAAAAGACAAGACCUGCUGAAAUGGUACGGCUGGGGCUACAAAGACUCGAUGUUCAAGCUGCAAGGCGAUACGGCGUACUUUACCGGCAACAGAUACGCGAUCGGUGGAAAACCAUUGCCUCAUCUACAGAAGUGGGCAAUAGACAACUUUAACAUAGACACAAGUAAACCGCCGAAAGUACCUGAACUCCCUAAGUCAUAUCCUGAGAGUCGAAUGCCGAGGAACAUCCGCGAAGAAUUGGAGAAGAUUGCACCGGUCAGCGUGGAAGGCAUGGAUAGAUUCAUCAGAGCCCAUGGGCAAACCCUCAAGGAUAUUUCGUUAUUGAGGCACAACAAGUUCCCCAGGAUACCUGAUGCUGUCAUCUGGCCGGAGACACACGAACAGGUUGUGGAGAUAGUUGAAUGUGCUUCCCGUCACCGCUUCGUGAUCAUUCCGUUCGGUGGUGGGACCUCAGUAUCAGGCGCUGUCACCUGUCCCUCCAACGAGCGGCGACCCAUCCUGGUGCUCGACACCAGCGAGAUGAACUCCAUACUGUGGCUGGACAAGGAACAGUUGCUUGCUAGAGUACAGGCGGGCAUAAUAGGGCAGGACCUAGAGCGCGAGAUGCGCUCGCGUGGCUAUACUGUGGGCCACGAACCGGACUCGUACGAGUUCUCCACGCUGGGCGGCUGGGUGGCCACCAGGGCCAGUGGAAUGAAGAAGAAUACCUACGGGAACAUUGAGGACUUACUGGUGCAGACUAAGGUAGUGACCCCUCGGGGGGUAAUGGAGAAGGGUUGUCGCGUACCGCGGGUGUCUUGUGGGCCUGACUGGGACCACGUGCUGCUGGGCUCUGAGGGCUGCCUCGCCAUCGUCACCGAGGUGACGAUAAAGAUUCGCCCCGUCCCGGCGGUGACCCGGUACGGCUCGCUGGUGUUCCCGGACUGGGAAUCGGGAUUCCACUUCGAAAGGGAGGUGGCUCGGAGAAGGAUGCAGCCUUCAAGUAUAAGGCUUAUGGACAACGAACAGUUCCGCUUCGGACAAGCCCUGAAGACCGAAUCGUCUUGGGGUGGGGUUCUCCUAGACGGGUUGAAGCGGGCAUACAUUACUCGCAUCAAAGGAUUCGAUCCUACCAAACUCUGCGUGGUGACUCUCCUCAUGGAAGGCGAGGCGGAUCAAGUGGCUUCUUCCUAUGCUGGAUUACGCCAAAUUGCCGCACAAUACGGGGGAAUCCCCGCCGGCGCUGAGAACGGGGAGAGGGGAUAUACGCUGACGUUCGUCAUCGCUUAUCUGAGGGACGUGGCAAUGGAAUACGACGUGGUGGCGGAAUCGUUCGAGACCUCAGUGCCGUGGGACCGCACCCUGGCGCUCUGCGCGAACGUUAAGACGCGCGUCAGGGAGGAAUGCCAGCGACGGAACAUAACGCACUAUCUGAUCUCCUGUCGGCUCACGCAAACGUACGACGCCGGGUGCUGCAUUUAUUUCUACUUUGCUCACAAUACGUCGCAGUGCUGUGACCCCGUCGCCACCUACGAGGAAAUAGAAGAAGCGGCGAGGGAUGAAAUCAUCGCUUCCGGUGGUUCAAUAUCCCACCACCAUGGGGUUGGAAAGCUUCGCAAGAAAUGGUACACGGACACUGUGAGUGAACCCGGUCGUUUGUUACUGCUAGCGGCCAAAAAAGCUUUGGAUCCCGACAACAUAUUUGCUUUAGGAAACAUGGCCUUCGAAGAGGGAAACGCCACAGAAAAUUUAUCAAUUAAAAGUAAAUUAUAAAUGCUUAAUGUAAAAUUCACUUUUUAUACUUUGUCUAAGUAAUGUAAAUAAAAUCUUUCCCUUCUUAGUGCAAUAUUAGCUGCGAAUUUGUGUAUUCGAACUAGAAUAAUCAUUACGUAGGUACUUUUGUAAAAAAACACUACUAUUUUGUAUGACGAGGUACACAGUAAACGAAAUUCUAUUUAGUCCGUCAGUUAGAUGAUCAAAAAAUAAUGGACACGUAUUUUUUCUUUGAGCUAUCAACCAAAAAAUGACAAAGUUAUAGCGCGUCAAAGUUUGUGAGUAGGGACUCGUGACGUCACUUUUAAGUAAAAAUUGUACCAAAACGUGACGUCGUUUGACUUUUCAAAUCAAUAUAUAUCUGCAAUGUUUAUAUUACGUGAAAAAAUAAUAAAAUACGUGUCGAAUACUUUUUGAAAUCUA